UUCAAGUAUCUGUUCCGCUUAGGUUAUCUAUUCCAAAGGCGCCAUAUUUCUUUCUUGUAAGCGCUGGAACUCACCGUGUCACGAUGAGUUCCUUAAAACUACAGAAGAGGCUUGCAGCCUCUGUUAUGCGAUGCGGUAAAAAGAAGGUGUGGUUGGAUCCCAACGAGAUCAAUGAAAUCGCUAACACCAACUCCCGACAGAACAUCCGUAAGAUGAUAAAGGAUGGUCUCGUCAUCAAGAAGCCCGUUGCUGUACAUUCACGUGCUCGUGUCCGCAAGAACACUGAGGCGAGAAGAAAAGGUCGUCACUGUGGCUUUGGUAAAAGAAGAGGUACAGCCAAUGCACGUAUGCCUCAAAAAGAACUAUGGGUACAAAGGCAAAGGGUACUUCGUAAGCUGCUCCUCAAGUACAGAACAGCAAAGAAAAUUGACAGACAUCUUUACCAUGCUUUGUACAUGAAGGCGAAGGGUAAUGUGUUCAAGAACAAGCGUGUGCUUAUGGAGUACAUCCACAGGAAGAAGGCUGAAAAGGCUAGGACUAAGAUGUUAAGCGACCAGGCCGAGGCUCGUCGUAACAGAGUGAAGGAAGCUCGCAAGCGCCGCGAGGAGCGCAUCGCCGCCAAGAAGGAGGAGCUGCUGCAGACCUUCGCGAGAGAGGACGAGGCCGCCGUCACAGCCAAGAAGUGAACUUUAUAGUUUAAAUAUUAUAAAAAAUGAUCCAAUAAAUGCUAUUGGGUCCA